AUGGACGUCCAUUCAUCUGCGAAGAAUUCACCUGCAGAGAUCGAGAUCAAGGUGCAUAGCAUCCCUCCACCAGUUGGCUAUCCGCCUUUAUACACACAGCCACCACCUCUAAUCCACCACCAUAUUCCUCCGCCUCCUCUAUAUUAUCAUUUUUCCGAGGAAUGGUUUCCCUGGUUAGUGCCCUUCAUCUUCAUCGUCAACGUAGCCCUAUUCAUUCUCUCCAUGUAUAUCAACAACUGCCCCCUCCAUUCCCGGAGUUGUGUCGGUGUACAAAUGCUUCAACGUUUCGCCUUCGAAAAUGUCCAAGAAAACCCCCUUCUUGGCCCUUCCUCCGCAACGUCACUACAAGAAUACUAA